AUGCGGGGCUCCGGGCCCCGCGGUGCGGGACGCCGACGGACCCAGGGCAGAGGUGGCGGCGACGACACCCGCCGUGUCCCUGCCUCUCUGGCAGGCUGCUAUUCUGCACCUCUUAAGGGCCCCCUCUGGACGUGUCUUCUCUUGUGUGCGGCGCUCCGGACCCUUCUGGCCAGCCCCAGCAACGAAGUGAAUUUAUUGGAUUCACGCACUGUCAUGGGGGACCUUGGAUGGAUUGCUUUUCCAAAAAAUGGGUGGGAAGAGAUUGGAGAAGUUGAUGAAAACUAUGCGCCUAUCCACACCUACCAAGUAUGCAGAGUCAUGGAACAGAAUCAGAAUAAUUGGCUGUUGACCAGUUGGAUCUCCAAUGAAGGUGCUUCCAGAAUCUUUAUUGAACUGAAAUUUACUCUAAGGGAUUGCAACAGCCUUCCUGGAGGACUAGGCACUUGUAAGGAGACAUUUAACAUGUAUUAUUUUGAGUCGGAUGAUGAGAAUGGGAGAAAUGUUAAAGAGAACCAAUACAUCAAGAUUGAUACCAUUGCUGCUGAUGAGAGCUUUACAGAACUUGAUCUUGGAGACCGUGUCAUGAAGCUGAACACAGAGGUCAGAGAUGUAGGGCCUCUGAGUAAAAAGGGAUUUUAUCUCGCUUUCCAAGACGUGGGUGCUUGCAUUGCUCUGGUUUCUGUGCGUGUAUACUAUAAAAAAUGUCCUUCGGUGGUGAGACACUUGGCUAUCUUCCCUGACACCAUCACUGGAGCUGAUUCUUCACAGUUGUUAGAGGUAUCAGGCUCCUGUGUCAACCAUUCUGUGACAGACGACCCUCCCAAAAUGCACUGCAGUGCUGAAGGGGAGUGGCUGGUUCCCAUCGGGAAAUGCAUGUGCAAGGCUGGAUAUGAAGAGAAAAAUGGCACCUGUCAAGUGUGCAGACCUGGGUUCUUCAAAGCUUCUCCUCACAGCCAGAGCUGCAGCAAAUGUCCACCUCACAGUUACACCCAUGAGGAAGCUUCCACCUCUUGUGUCUGUGAAAAGGAUUAUUUCAGGAGGGAAUCUGAUCCGCCCACAAUGGCAUGCACAAGACCCCCCUCAGCUCCUCGGAAUGCCAUCUCAAAUGUAAAUGAAACUAGUGUCUUUCUGGAGUGGAUUCCGCCUGCCGACACGGGUGGACGGAAAGAUGUGUCAUAUUAUAUUGCAUGCAAGAAGUGCAACUCCCAUGCAGGUGUGUGUGAGGAGUGUGGAGGUCAUGUCAGGUACCUGCCCCAGCAAAUCGGCCUGAAAAAUACCUCUGUCAUGAUGGUGGACCUACUUGCUCAUACAAACUAUACCUUUGAAAUUGAGGCAGUGAAUGGAGUUUCCGACUUGAGCCCAGAGACCCGGCAGUAUGUGUCGGUAAAUGUAACCACGAAUCAAGCAGCUCCCUCACCAGUCACUAAUGUGAAAAGGGGAAAGAUUGGAAAGAACAGUAUCUCUUUGUCUUGGCAAGAGCCAGAUCGCCCCAACGGAAUCAUCCUGGAGUAUGAAAUCAAGUACUUUGAAAAGGACCAGGAGACCAGCUACACAAUUAUCAAGUCUAAAGAGACCACCAUUACUGCCGAAGGCCUGAAGCCUGCGUCUGUGUAUGUCUUCCAAAUUCGAGCACGGACAGCAGCAGGCUACGGUGUCUUCAGUCGAAGAUUUGAGUUUGAAACCACACCAGUGUCAGUUGCAGCAUCCAGUGAUCAAAGCCAGAUUCCCAUCAUUGCAGUGUCGGUGACAGUGGGAGUCAUCUUGUUGGCAGUGAUGAUUGGCUUCCUCCUCAGUGGCAGUUGCUGCGAAUGUGGCUGUGGAAGGGCUUCUUCCCUGUGCGCUGUUGCCCAUCCAAGCCUAAUAUGGCGGUGUGGCUACAGCAAAGCAAAGCAGGAUCCAGAAGAGGAAAAGAUGCACUUUCAUAAUGGGCACAUUAAACUGCCAGGAGUAAGAACCUACAUAGAUCCACACACCUAUGAAGAUCCCAAUCAAGCUGUCCAUGAAUUUGCCAAGGAGAUCGAAGCUUCGUGCAUCACCAUUGAGAGAGUCAUUGGAGCAGGUGAAUUUGGUGAAGUUUGUAGUGGACGUUUGAAACUUCCAGGAAAAAGAGAAUUACCUGUGGCUAUCAAAACUCUUAAAGUAGGCUAUACUGAAAAGCAGCGUAGAGAUUUUCUGGGUGAAGCAAGUAUCAUGGGACAGUUUGAUCAUCCGAACAUCAUCCAUCUAGAAGGCGUUGUGACCAAAAGUAAACCUGUGAUGAUAGUGACAGAAUAUAUGGAGAAUGGCUCCUUGGACACAUUUUUAAAGAAAAACGAUGGGCAGUUCACUGUGAUUCAGCUUGUUGGCAUGCUGAGAGGCAUCACUGCAGGAAUGAAGUACCUUUCUGACAUGGGCUACGUGCAUAGAGACCUUGCUGCUAGAAACAUCUUAAUCAACAGUAACCUUGUGUGCAAAGUGUCUGACUUUGGGCUUUCUAGGGUACUGGAAGAUGAUCCUGAGGCAGCCUACACCACAAGGGGAGGCAAAAUUCCAAUCAGAUGGACUGCCCCAGAAGCAAUAGCUUUUCGAAAAUUCACCUCUGCUAGUGAUGUCUGGAGCUACGGAAUUGUAAUGUGGGAAGUUGUGUCUUAUGGAGAGAGACCCUACUGGGAGAUGACCAAUCAGGAUGUGAUCAAAGCUGUGGAAGAAGGCUACCGCUUGCCAAGCCCCAUGGACUGUCCUGCGGCUCUCUAUCAGUUAAUGCUGGAUUGCUGGCAAAAAGAUCGGAAUAGCAGGCCCAAGUUCGAUGAAAUAGUCAACAUGCUGGACAAGCUGAUACGAAACCCAAAUAGUCUGAAGACACUGGUUAAUGCAUCGAGCAGAGUAUCUACUUUGUUGGCUGAACAUGGUUCUCUGGGGUCCGGGGCCUACAGAUCAGUAGGUGAAUGGCUGGAAGCAAUCAAGAUGGGCCGGUACACAGAGAUUUUCAUGGAAAAUGGAUACAGUUCAAUGGACGCUGUGGCUCAGGUGACCUUGGAGGAUUUGAGGCGCCUGGGAGUGACUCUGGUCGGUCACCAGAAGAAGAUCAUGAGCAGCCUUCAAGAGAUGAAGGUGCAGCUGGGAAAUGGGAUGGUGCCAGUGUGA